UGCCUGGCUGCCGAACCCGGAAGUGGCUGAGCUCAAACGGCAGGCGCCGCCGGAGCCUCCUCCCCAGCACCCUUGGAGGGGGGACGGAGGCUCCAUCUCAUCGAGGGGGCAGGUCCUGGGUUCGGGAUUCAGCAUAUAAACAUGGGUCGUCGUUCAUCAGACACGGAAGAAGAAAGUCGAAGUAGGAGAAAAAAGAAGCAUCGUCGACGUUCAUCGUCAAGCAGUUCUUCAGACAAUAGAACGUUCAUCCAUAAGAAGUCGGGCAGGAAGUCAAGGUCAAAGUCGAGAUCGUGGUCGAGAGAUCUUCAGUCUCGUUCACAUUCUUACGACAAAAGACGCAGACACCGCUCCAGCAGCAGCUCUUCUUAUGGGUCCAGAAGAAAGCGCAGCCGAAGCCAUUCAAGGGGUCGGGGGAGAUCCUACCGAUCACAGAGAUCAAGGUCCAAAAGCAGAGCGAGGAGGUCACGGUCUCGGCCUCACCCGCGUUCUCAUAGUCGGAGCAGUGAAAGAUCUGGUCACAGGAAAACCCGCAGCCCAUCUCGUGAACGAGAAAGGCGUAAAGGCCGAGAUAAAGAAAAACGUGAAAAGGGGAAAGAAAAGGAAUUAUACAACUUGAAGCGUGGGGACUCUGGAAACAUCAAAGCUGGAUUAGAACAUCUGACCCCAGCUGAGCAGGCCAAAGCCAGGUUUCAGAUGGUUCUUGAAGCUGCGGCAAAGGCAGACGAAGCAUUGAAAGCUAGAGAAAGAAGUGAGGAAGAAGCGAAAAGAAAAAAGGAAGAAGACCAAACCACCCUAGUAGAACAAGUGAAACGAGUCAAAGAAAUCGAAGCUAUUGAAAGCGACUCCUUUAUUCAGCAGACAUUCAGAUCGAGUAAAGAAGUCAAAAAGUCAGCCGAAUCUGCAGAAGGAAAGACGGAAUCCCCGACUUUGGGAGCGGUGAUUGCUGAUCUGUCCAGCAGUGAGAAAGAAGUAGACGUUAGCUCCAUUCCUACUUCAAUCAAGUAUCAAGAUGAUAAUUCUCUCGCACAUCCAAAUCUAUUUAUUGAAAAGGCCGAAGCAGAAGAAAAGUGGUUCAAGAGAUUAAUUGCUCUCCGGCAAGAAAGACUGAUGGGCAGUCCCGUGGCUUGAGUAACGCACGUCGGACCUGAUCGACAAAGAUGUGGAGCAUUCCACGCGUUCAGAUUUUUACCAUUUUUGAAUAUCUGGGAUAACUAUUCCUAUUGGAAAGGUGGGAAUCUAAAAAAGGGACGCGACUCGAUAAAUAUAUACUCUCACCUGUUCCGGGUCACCUUUCCAUUCUCGUAAUCAUGAAUAUUGUGGAUUGUUGGCAAGUUAAGAGGAAAUUUUGAGAUGGUAGUAAAAUAGCGAAACUGUCAUAAAAAGAGCAAAGGCUUAAUCCAAAUAAUGUGGUAUCAAAUGGGCAGAAAGCAUUUGGACACUGCUAAAUAGCAUUAUAGAAAAUCGUCAGAGGAUGCCAGCUAAUUCUUUCAGAAAUCACACAGGUCACUGCACAACGGGCAGCAAUUUGCGUACAGCUCUAUCACUGCCUCUUUGCCAAGAACCAGAGGGUUCGUCCCUUGGAAGGAAUAAAAGAGGACAUUUCUCCCUGGUAGGGCAAUUCAUUCUCUCUGCCCAUUCUCUCCGGUGGUCAGAGCAAUGAGAUUUUCUGUCACCGUGGUAUGUUCUCAUCCCUAGGAGUUGAAUAAUGACCAAUGUUACAGGCUGGAUGGGGAUCUUUGGAGCAGAGCAACCAUUAUCAUUACCAACCUGAGCUAGUUUUAAACAACGAAGGUGAAAUCUUUGUUUCUCAUUAGACAUUCAGCUUGUUAUCUAGUCUCUCCCUAUUUCCUCUACAAACAGCAUGCCAAUUUCGAUGGAAAAUGUCCAUGAAAAAGAAAUAGAAACUACCGUGUGUUAAUGUAGAGCUUCAUGUAGCACGGUCCAGGUUUAAAAGCGAGAUUCUUUGCUAUUGGGAAAUGUAAUCAUAAAAUUAAUGAAAUUCCGUUGCUAUUGUAAUCAUGUACCAAGGUUUGAAUAAACCUGUAAUUCUAUCUAAAUACAAA